GGCAGAAGCCGGCCGGCGCGACGGGGAUGCGCCGCUGACGCCGAUGGUGGCCCCGCGCCCACGCAUCACGAUGCUGCCGAGGGGCCUCUGGUCCCGGCUCCCACUGCUGCGGCCUCCGCCGACCCCCGGACCCCGAGGCCGACUCGGUCUGAGGCAGCAGCCGCCCCAGGUUUUGUGUGUGAAGCUGUGUGGAAAUCUGAAAUACCAGCAAUCACACCUUUAUAGUACAGUGGUGCCACCUGAUGAAGUAACAGUUCAUUAUCGACAUGGCCUUCCCUUGAUCACACUUACUUUGCCAUCCCGAAAAGAGCGCUGUCAGUUUGUGGUCCAGCCAGUGCUGUCCACAGUGGGCUCGUUCCUUCAGGACCUGCAGAGCGAAGACAAGGGUGUCACGGCUGCAGCUGUGCUUGCCGCAGAUGGCAGUGAGAUGCCAGCUUCCACCUUGAUGGGAACUUUGCUCAUGAAAGAUUUUAAGCUUGUCAUCAAUGAAGUGGCUUAUGACGUGCAGUGCCCUGACAAAGGAAAUCUAAAUAAUGAGCACAUCCCCGAGAUGGAAAGCGUGAAAGCCUUGGUUCACAGGCUUUUCACAGUCUUGCACUUAGAAGAGUUUCAGAAGAGGAGAGAGCACCUGCUACUAGAGAAAAUCGACCUCCUGAAGAGACAGCUGCAGCCCCUCGAGCAGGUGAAAGCUAGACUUGAAGCUCGUUCAGAAGCCAACACCAGCAGGCUCCUCUGGGCUGGCUUAGCACUGCUGUCCACUCAGGGCGGAGCCCUGGCCUGGCUCACUUGGUGGGUGUACUCCUGGGACAUCAUGGAGCCAGUCACAUACUUCAUCACGUUCGCAAAUUCCAUGGUCUUUUUUGCAUACUUCAUAGUCACUCGACAGAGUUAUACUUACUCUGCUGUGAGGAGCAGGCAGUUUCUUCAAUUCUUCCACAAGAAAUCAAAGCAACAGCAUUUUGACGUGGAGCAGUACAACAGGUUAAAGGAGGACCUUGCCAAGGCCACAGAAUCCCUGAGACAGGUGCGCCACCCGCUCUAUUUGAGAAUGCAAGUGGAGGAGCUCGGUGAAAAGAAUUAAUCUUACCUUUUACUGGACUUUUCCAUGUGUUGAUUGUACCUUAUGAAUGUCAUUUCUGAGUCGCAUAGUUCAUUUCAAUCUGUUUCAGUUUCUAGCUAAUAAAUUCUUAUUUU